AUGGCAUAUGAGUUUCCACAACGCAUACUUGAAGAAGGAUCUGAGACGCAAAUUGAUAAGAUUAACAACACAUGUAGACUUACAAUUCUGGAGGAAGUGAAGGGUGUUCUCAACAUUGAGUAUGACGAAGUUUUGAAAGAUCCUGUCUUCGGUCCGCUUUUGGCAAUCAUAGAGAACAAGCUCAUCUACUCAGGGAAGAUCAUUCACAGCUUCAUAUGCAAGCAGCUCAAGGUUUCGAAGCUUCACGAGCUGUGGUUUCUAUUUGCAAAGAGGCCUCUUAGGUUUUCUGCGCAAGAAUUUCAUGCUGUGACAGGAUUGAAGUUCAAAGAUGAACCUGACAUAAACUUCAAUGAUUGGAAAGAUGAUAAGGGGUUCUGGAGCAAUGUGCUGAGGAAAAAUAGAAAGGUCAACUUAUUCAUGAUAAGGACGAAGCUUCUUCACGAAUGCAACAAGUGGACGUAUGUGGACAGGGUUAGGCUAGUGUAUCUAUGUGUCAUACAUGGAUUCCUCAUAGCUAAGGAUUCAAGAGUGUUCAUCCCUCAUGAAUACAUCCGUUUGGUGAUGGAUUUUGAGAAGAUGAGGAUGUAUCUGUGGGGUCUUCACGCGUAUGACGAGCUGCUUGCAUCAACACUCAAAGCAAGGAGAGAUUUGCAUCUGAAGAACAGUUACGUGUUGGAUGGAUUCUCCUAUGCGUUUCAGAUAUGGGUUAUGGAGGCAAUCCCAGACAUUGGUAGUAUGGUGGGUAAAAAGAUAAAAAAAAACAUGACCAAAGUGAGAUGUAGGAAUUGGAAAGGAAGUGGGAAAGUUUCCUAUGCAGAUAUCAGCAGCCUAGAGUCCCACUUUAAUAAGGGAGAGCUGUUCCCAUUUAUAUCUACUACUGGGAACAAUGAUGUGGUUGUUAGCACUGAGUUCUAUAGGGAAGAUGAGAAGAAAGAUGAACGAGAUUGGACGGAAUUCGUAUGGGAAGUCGAGGCUUUGCCUCCAACUUUGGAGCUUUCUGAUUCAGAAAAGGAUGGAGAGAAUGUUGAAGUCGAAGAUGUCACAGAUACACAUGUAGAGGAACCGGCUGUUGUUGCAAGAAGGGGCAAGCGUAAGCUAAAUGAUCCUGGUGCGGAGGCUCGAAAGAAAGAAUUGCUUUGUCAACGGGCGGGUGAACAUAACACUGGUAUCUCCAGUGGAAUGAUGACUUUCAUUGAAGGUUUGUUCACCUCUGCUUUCAACUCUUUCAAGGAGGUGGUGCAGAAUGACAUCCAAGAGCGUUUUGAGAACGUUCAGAAAGAGAUGGCCGAGCUCAAGCAAGCGGUGUCACAGAUUCCGGGUCCUUUAGUUACAUUGGGAAAAGACAGCGCAUCUAAGAUUCCUUGUCCUUCAGCAACAAUGGGGAAAUCAUCACAGAGUCUGUGUCCUGCAGCAACAAAGGAAAAAGGCAAAGGUAAGGUUGAGGAGAGUGUGGUUUCUCCUACGGUUCGUCGUAGCCCUCGGCAAGGAAGAAAGGAGAUUGAAACCGAAACUGAUGAUAUGAUGGAUUUUUUGAAGAAUUUUUCACAAUCAUCUACCCAUGGGGAACUUUCAUCGAAAAAAGAAGAAAUGAGCACACAAGAGUAUUUACAAGACGCCAUGGGGAACCUUUCUCAACCUGGAGAUUGGAGAACACCCACUCUCAAAGAUAUGGAAUUACCUGAGGACCGGGUGAACGACGACGACUACUCAUUAGUGUUUGUCCCUGAGGAUUCAUGGGCCAAACUGAUUCAUUGGUGCUCAACUACCAAACAGUACCUUAAAAUUGGACCUUCUAUGUACACAACUAAGUUAGCAGAACGUGUUAUGGGACCUGCAGUGUGGCUGCAAAAUCAAAAUUCUUACAUAGAGUUCAAGAAAGACAGAAAAAAAUUCAGGGUAGAAGGACUACUCCACCAAUACGGAAUUGGUGAACUUCCUUCACACGGACGAACAAGAUCAGUGUGGGAUCUUGAUGUCAAUUGUAUGUAUGUGCCUCUUCUUGUACACGGUAACCACUGGAUCUCUAUGUGUGUUAACUUUGUUACUCGUUCCAUAGAAGUUUUUGACUGUGCGGGACUGAAACACAACAAGGACUUGGAGCCAUUUGCCCAUCUCAUCCCUAGAAUUGUUAAAGCCGUGCAGUCUUCAGAGAAGAGGGGAUUUACCGUAAAGCCCUAUGAUGUCACUUACGCUCCAAUGCCCUUCUUCCUAAACAAGACUAGCAGCGAUUGUGGAGUAUAUGCAUUGAAGCACAUUGAAGCACAACUUCUAGGCAUGGACUUAACGUUGGUGAAUGACGACAACAUUCGUGAAGCUCGCCACAAGAUUGCUUAUGACCUAUGGGAAGCUGCUAAUGAUCCUGAGCUUAUUUCGAGAAUGGGAAUGUUUGUUCCUCCGAAGGCUACAACUUCUCCUACGGUUGAGAUUGUAUAA